CAGCAACGAAAGUUUAGGUUCAAAGUCUGAAACAAAAUUAUUUAAUAAGAAUAGUUUAUUUUUAAGUUUGAAUUUUUUUUUAUAUUAAUUUAAAAGUAAUGGCGAAUAGCAAAAUAUUAAGUGCCCUUAAGAUCUUGAGAAGCCGUAAGGAAUUAUUCAUAUCCGGUGUACAUAGCCGAAAGUAUGCCGUUCCAGCAAGCCAAGUACAUACAAAAUGCAAAUUGGUCAAUGGAGUUUACGUAGUCACUUUGGACUCUCCAAAUGUUAAAGUAAACUCACUUAACACCCAAGUGAUGGAAGAAGUUAGUAACAUCGUAAAUGAAAUUGAAACAAAUUCUGGUAUUGAAGCUGCAGUCAUUAUAUCAGGCAAGCCUGGAUGCUUCAUUGCAGGGGCUGAUAUAAGCAUGAUCGAAAACUGCAAAACAAAGGAAGAAGUUGUCAGUCUGUCUAAAAGAGGACAUGAAAUAUUCAGAAGAAUCGAACAAUCACGGAAACCGUAUAUUGCCGCAAUACAAGGCAGCUGUCUAGGAGGUGGAUUAGAGACUGCUCUUGCAUGUAAAUAUCGCAUUGCUGUGAAAGACUCCAAAACAGGAUUUGGACUACCAGAAGUCAUGUUGGGACUUUUGCCCGGCGGUGGAGGGACACAGAGAUUACCUGCUCUCACCUCCAUACCUACAACUUUGGACCUAGCUCUAACUGGUAAAACUGUGAAAGCUGAUAAAGCAAAGAAAUUGGGAAUUGUAGAUCUGUUAGUUUCCCCUCUUGGACCAGGUUUGGGUCAGCCUGAGGAAAAUACAGCCAAAUACCUCGAAACUGUAGCUAUACAGAUUGCAAAGGAUAUAGCUGCUGGAAAAAUAAUUGUUGAUAGAUCGAAAAAAGGCCUAGUACAGAAGAUUACUGCAAUCGUAAUGCAAUGGGAGUUUGUGAAAAACAUCAUAUUUAAGAAAGCCAAGGAACAAGUAAUGAAAGCAUCACGUGGACUCUACCCUGCCCCUCUGAAAAUACUUGAAGUAGUAAGAACAGGAGUGGACAAGGGUCCUGUAGCCGGUUAUGAAGCAGAAGCACAAGGCUUUGGUGAACUGGCUAUGACUCCUCAGAGCAAAGGGUUGAUUGGUUUAUUCCGUGGACAAACAGAAUGUAAGAAGAAUAGGUUCGGAAAAUCCCAAGUUGAUGUAAAAACGAUUGGUGUUCUUGGUGCCGGUUUGAUGGGAGCAGGUAUAGUGCAAGUGUCAAUCGACAAAGGCUACAAUGUCGUAAUGAAAGACGCCACUAAUGCAGGCUUGUAUCGCGGCGUUGGACAAAUUCAAACCGGACUAAGUAAUGCUGUGAAACGCAAAAGAAUUUCAUCUCUACAAAAGGAUAAGUACUUAUCGAAUCUACUUCCUACAUUGGACUAUGCCAAGUUCAAAAAUGCGGAUUGUGUAAUUGAAGCCGUUUUCGAGGAUAUUAACAUCAAGCACAAAGUUAUCAAAGAGUUAGAGGCUGUAGUGCCGAAACAUUGUAUUAUAGCUACAAACACUAGUGCUAUACCUAUUACAAAAAUCGCAGCUGGCAGCAGUCGUCCUGAUAAAGUAAUUGGCAUGCAUUACUUCUCACCAGUUGACAAGAUGCAAUUGCUAGAAAUUAUUAAGCACCCCGGCACCAGCGACGAUACAUCGGCAGCCGCUGUGGCCGUAGGUCUACGACAAGGAAAGGUCGUCAUCACGGUGGGGGAUGGGCCUGGUUUUUACACCACACGUAUCCUUUCUACUAUGCUUAGUGAAGCAGUAAGACUGCUACAAGAGGGUGUUGAUCCUAAAGAACUGGAUAACAUGACAAAGCAAUUUGGUUUCCCUGUCGGCGCUGCUACAUUGGCUGACGAAGUUGGUAUCGAUGUCGGCUCUCACAUCGCUGUGGAUCUAGCCAAGGCCUUUGGUGAUCGCAUUAGCGGAGGAAACUUGGGUAUCAUGCAGGACUUAGUGCAAGCUGGAUACAUGGGACGCAAGUCCGGCAAAGGUUUCUAUGUGUAUGAAAAAGGCUCUAAAAACAGGGAAGUAAACCAUGGUGCUAUUAAAAUCCUGAAAGACAAGUAUGCAUUAGAACCUCGUGGUGCUAAUACUGUUGAAGACCAACAACUGCGAAUGGUUUCCAGAUUUGUAAAUGAAGCAGUGUUAUCAUUGGAAGAAAAAAUUCUACACAACCCCCUUGAAGGUGAUGUUGGUGCGGUCUUUGGUCUCGGCUUCCCUCCAUUUACUGGUGGACCUUUCAGAUGGGUGGAUCAAUAUGGCGCUGAUAAAUUAGUAAAGAAAAUGGAGGAAUACCAGGGUCUUUAUGGCGCUCCAUUCAAACCAGCUCAAACCCUUGUAGAUAUGGCCAAAGACACAAGUAAAAAAUUCUAUAAGAACUGAGUAGGAAUUAUGUCACUUGUAGUUUAGUUCAUAUUUAAAAAAGCUUAAGGAGGAUUAUCAAAAUUAUAUAUUCUAGGGUGACGAUUGUCUCAGUGUGAUUUGAGAGUUGGACAUUUUAUGUCCCGUUUGUGUCUUAAGUUGUUUGGAUUCAUAUAUUUCAUGUCAUUAUUUAUAAAAAUCAUGAUAAGAAUUUUCAUAAACAAUUAUAUAGACUGUUGAUAAUAAGAUAAAGCUUAUUUGAGAUUUCUAUUAAGUAUUGGAUAUUACAUGUUUCUAUAGAUUUAUUAAAUAUUUAUUUCUG